GCUGCCCGCCGCCCUCCUUAAUCUUUAACCAGGCAGGGCUGGAGCUGCCAGACCCCCCCGCGCCCGCCGGCACAAGCAGGGACCUGACCUGCCGGGCACCCAGGAUGCCCCCCGUGCCGCGCUGGCUGCCACUGGUGUGGCUGGUGGCCACAGCCACGGCCACUGUCACCCCGGUGCCCACACCGGAGCCCUCUCCCAGCACACUGAAGCUGCUCAGACAGCACCAACCGCUGCUGGUGCCCACCACCACCACCCCAAGCACGCCAGGGGACACGGAGACCCCCACCCUGCCUGCACCCACCCCGCUUGCCCACCCCGAGGAGCAGCUUGGCUUGGGUGCCCCCCUCGAGCCCACAGACCCCCCCAACCCCGAGGCUCCGGAAGGGGCACCCGAGGAGCCGGGCACCACGGCCGGCGGGAGCACGGCAGGACCCAGCACCGCUCAGGGACCCCCCAGCACCCCAGGCGCCAGCGCCACGCCGUGCCCCGGGGAUGAGGAGCCGGCCGAGGUCUGCGGGGAGCCCACGGGAGAGCAGCGGGCAGCUGUGGCCGAGGCGCUGGGCACCUUCGCCCUCCGCUUCUACCAGCGAAUGGUGGAGGCGGCCCAACCCGAAGCCAACCUGCUCUUCUCCCCCAUCAACGUCGCCAUGGGGCUCUCGCACCUUCUGCUGGGCGCCCGCGGCGAGACCCGUGAGCGCCUGGCUGCCGUGCUGUCGUUCCCCCCGGCGCUGCCCUGCGUGCACAGCGCCCUGCGGCAGCUCGCCGGCGCCCCAGGCCUCUUCUCCGCCGCGCAGAUCUUCCAUCACCCAGAGCUGCGCCUCCGGCCCCGCUUCCUCAAUCAGUCGUGGCACCUAUACGGCGCCCGCCCGCGGGCGCUGAGCGGCAACGAGAGCCUGGACCUGCUGCACAUCAACGCCUGGGUGCGCGAGGCGAGCCGGGGGCUGCUGCCCACCCUCCUGCCUGCGCUGCCCCCCCAGCCCCACCUGCUGCUGCUCAGCGCCGUCCACCUCCGAGCCACCUGGCGCAUACCGCUGGAAGCCAAGCGGACGGUGCCGCUGCCUUUCCUGCUCCCCGGGCGUCCUCCCCGCCUGGUGCCCACCAUGACCAGCAAGAAGUACCCAGUGGCUUCUUUCACUGACCCCCGCCUGCAGGUCCAGGUGGGGCGGCUGGAGCUGAGCGGGGGGCUGAGCCUGGUGGUCCUGGUGCCACAGGGGCCCCCGGGGGCACUGGGGGCCCUGGAGCAGGCGCUGGACCCCCCCACCUUCCUGGGGCUGCUGCGGCGGGUGGCCAGCACCCCACCCCGGGCCACCGCCCUGGCCCUGCCCCGCCUGCGCCUCGACCAAGCCCUGGAUGUGGUGGCCCUGGUCCACGACAUGGACUACGGGCUGUUCCUGGACGCGGAGCUGUGCGGGCUGGCGCGGGGGCCAGCGGUGGCGGUGGACACGGCGCGGCACCGGGCAGUGCUGGCUCUGGACGAGGCUGGCGUGGAGGCGGCAGGUGCCAUGGCCACCUCAGUAGCCCGCACGGUGAUGGUGCUUGAGGCCCUGCGCCCCUUCCUCUUCGUCCUCUGGCACGAUGCCGGCGCCAUCCCCCUCUUCAUGGGACGCCUCAGCGACCCCCAGCCCUGAGCCCUCCCUCUUCUCAUCCCUCCCUCCCUGCUGCUUUCCCUCCGGCCCUU